UAAGUGGUCACUGUUGUUACAGUGUGUACUUACUGGCAAAGCUCAGGAGGUUUACGCAGCGUUGUCUUCUGAAAGUAGCCUGGAUUACGAUCAGGUUAGGGCUAGUAUUUUGAAGGCAUAUGAGCUCGUGCCAGAGGCUUAUCGCCAGAAAUUUCGCAGGUGUAAGAAGCAGGACUCUCAGACAUAUGUGGAGUUUGCUCGUGAGAAGGAGACGUUAUUUGAUCGGUGGUGCGCAGGUGUGGGGGUUAAAACUCUGGAAGAUCUAAGGGCCUUAGUGCUUAUUGAGGAGUUUAAAAAUUGUGUGCCUGAAACGGUUGCCACGUAUCUGAAUGAGCAGAAGGCUGUGAAGUUGUCUGGUGCUGCGUCUCUUGCGGAUGAGUAUGUACUUACCCAUAAGUCCGUGUUUGGUGAGCGAUCUGCUGUGCAGGCUCGGUUUGGUGACAACACUCCUAAGGAAGGUUCAAAUGCAAUUGUGGUACCAACUAAGGCAAGUGGUUCUGAUGGUGCGGAGGGGAGGCCUACCAGGGAAGAAUGGGGAACUAGGGAAAGCCCUGUGUGUUUCUAUUGCAGGAAGCCAGGACACAUUGUUGCAAAUUGUUAUGCUCUGAAUAAGGAGAAGGGGCCUGUCAAAUCUGUGGCCUUGGUUAAAACAGCUAGUCCUGUGUGCCAGUUGGCUUCACUGCCAAAUGAAUCUGAGCUUGGCGUGUAUGCUCCAUUUCUUAUGGAAGGUUUUGUGUCCUUGACUGAGAAGGGGGAUAGGGUCCCCGUAACGAUUUUGAGGGAUACAGCAGCGUCACAGUCCUUCAUGCUGAGUCAUGUGCUGCCAUUGUCUAAGGAGUCAGCUGGGGAUUCUGGUGUCCUUGUGCGUGGUUUUGGGAUGCAAUACUUGGAGGCGCCUUUACAUACUAUUUACCUCAAGUCAGACUUGGUUACGGGCUUUGUGACUGUGGGGGUUCGCCCGUGUUUCCCAAUUGAGGGAGUGUCCUUCAUUUUGGGGAAUGAUUUGGCUGGGGGUAAGGUGCUGGUAAAGCCGGGAGGUGGGGAUCCUGGAAAAGAAGGAAAGGAGCCAGUGGCCUAUGGUCACGCAGGAGAAAACACUGACGCCAACCCGUUUGCCGAGUACAUGUGGAUGGAGAACGAGGAGGAGUAUAACAGACAGGUGGAGGAGCUGCUGGAGCGGGAGUUCUUGGAGCGCUGCUUCCAGGAAAUGCUGGAGGAGGAGGACCAGGACUGGUUCAUCCCUUCACGUGAUCUCAACAACCAGGGGGUGGGGCAGUUCCAGCAGCAGCUCAACGGCCUGUCGGCCAACGAUCACCACAGCAACCUGGAGGAGGUGGCGAGGAAGAGCAUCUUGAAUCCUGAAGCAAAGGAGUUCAUCCCGGCAGGGAUAAUGUUGUGGCCAAUGUGUUGUUGCGCAUGUGGAUUUAUAUUGUAG